AAAAACAUUAAAAGAACAUUCUGCUUUUUUUAAAAAAUCUUCAUUGAUUUCUAAAUUAGGUAUAUGUAAACCAAUAUUACAUUCUUUUAAGUAAUCUCUUAAAUCAUUUAAAAACAAAUAAACGUUUUUUAUUAUUUCUUCUUAACUUUUAUUUUUAUUUUUAUUCUUCAAUUCUCUUAUUAAAUAAUAAGCAUCUUUUGCCAAUAAAGCAGCAUUCUUUAAACAAGUAAAUUUAUUUCCUAAUUCAUUUUUUUAAAAAAGUAAUAUUCUUUAUUUUUGACUAUAACUUUCUGGACAACCAUUAGCUAAUUUUUAAUAGACUUCAUGUAUUUCUGUGAAAAUACUUUCGUAUUAGAUAUCUUAUGCUAAGGAGCUAAUUUUUUAAAACAAUUCUUUGAAUUAGUUGAUGUUUUUAAAACAUUAUUAGGCUUUAAGAAUGUUAAUAUCUUUUAAAAAAUCUAAUUUAUGUCCAUAUGAACAAUCCUAAUAGACAACAACAAUUUCGUUAUAAAUUUUAAUUCCUUCUUCAAUCAAUUCUUCAAUCGAUUUAAGAUUUUAUUAAACAUCCUUAACAAAUUAAUAAGCAUGCUUAAAUAUUUCUCCAAUUUCAAUUAUGCAUGAAACAGUAUUAGCUUUCUAUUAAUUUUUUUUUUGAGGAAGAUAUUAGUUAUUUUUAAAGAAAAUUUUAAUAUUUUUUAAAGGCAAAGAAAGAGAAAAAUGUUCCAUUUUUUUUAUUUUUUAUAAUUUUUUUUAAACUUCUUUUAAAUCACAUUCAUAUCUAACUUUUUAAAUUUUUUAAUAUAAUUAGGUUAAAAAUUCUAUUUUUUCGAAAAUUUAGUUUAAAUCACCAUCUUUUAUCAAUUUCAAAAUUUAUUCAGAUUCAUCGUAUAUUUAAUUAAGAUCUUUUAUACAUCUUAGAUGUUUAUUCGGUUCUGUUUGCUUUAUUAUGUUAGAACUAAAGUUAUUUAUUAAUUCUUAUGUGUUUUUCUUAAUUUUAGAUUCUAUGAAAGUUUUCCCGUCUUUAUUUGGAUUCGAAUUUUCAAUUUUUUAUAUUUUGCUUUAAAAAAGAUUCUUCAAAUUUUCAGCCUUUAUUUCAAACUCUUUAGGAAACUCU